UCGAGCAGUUCAAUGACAUGUGACAUGAAGUAUAACCUCUAAACUAAGAACAUCUAUAACAUGAUUUUGGAAACAACCGCAAUGGAUAAUAAUAGUCAAAAACAGACUUUCAAAGAGUUUUUCAAAAAGUUCCAGUCUGUUACUAAAGCUCCCGAAGCAUAUCUAAGAGUACAAACCGAGAAGGCAGAAAAGAGCAGAGCUCUUCUUAAAUCGUUGUUUGAUUAUGUACGAUCGAAAGAUGUAUUCAUUGGAAAGCUUAUUCCAUCACAAAUUUCUGUUGAUCAUAUGGAUGACGAGCAAAUAUGGCAGCAACUGGAGCUGAUGAAUACAUGCCUGUGGUCGACAUCGUUGGAACACACAUCUAGACUUUUGGCAGGUGCCGAUGAUAAGUUUUCUCUGAAUUACAAAAAAGCUGGUGAAGAAUCUGAAGAAAGUGAUGGAACUAAUGAGGAGCAAAGUGACAAUGAAGAUCACAAUGUCAGUCAUUCCGAUUCCGAAUCGGACUCCGAUGAAGAUAUCGAUGAAACAGAGGCGACCAUUUCGAAGAAGGAUACAUCGGCAAAAAGUUCCUCACGAAAGUCGAUCGUGGACGAUAAAUUUUUCAAAUUGAGCGAAAUGGAAGCGUUCUUAGAGUCCGAGGACAAAAAGGAAAUGCGCAAGAGUAAAGGGACGUAUUUUGAACCGGACGACGAGGAAAUUGAUUAUUUUAACGGAGACUUUUCGGAAGAUGAUGUUGAAGGCGAUGAAGAAGACGCAGAAGCGAAUGCCAAGUAUGUGAAUUUUUUCGACGCGGACAGCGAUGAUGAAGAAGAGAUAAGGCGAAGGAAACGAGAAGCGCGGGAUGCUAAAAAUAAAUUAGUCGAAAAACGGAAAAAGGAAGACUUAGGCUUGGAUGACAGCGACAUCGAUAACGUUGAUGACGAAGAGGUGGAUGAAUUAAAUGAAGAUGAACAAGUUGAAGAAGAACAAGAUGACGAAGAAGAUUACGAUGAAGAAGAAGGCAACGACAAGGAUGAUACAAAGAAGGGUAAAGUUUCAUUUGACAUGUCAAAAAACAGUUAUCGCUCGGACUCUGACGACCAUGACGAUGAUGAUGAUAAUGAUGAAGAAAAAGAAGACAAGAAAAUGAAUCUGGAUCCUGAAAAUAAAUCUUCGUUCGAGCUCCGCCAAGAACGUCUUCGCAAUCGGAUCACUGAAUUCGAAGAAGCUGCCCUGGGCGAAAAGGCGUGGCAAUUGAGAGGUGAAGUAACCUCUACGUCGAGACCUCAGAAUUCGCUGCUGGAAGAAGUGUUAGAGUUUGAUUCAACAGCACGACCCGCACCCAUUAUCACCGAAGAAACAACACUGCAACUGGAGGACAUUAUAAAACAACGUAUUAAAGACAAAGCAUGGAACGAUGUCGAACGCAAAUACAAGCCGGUCAACACGCCGCAAGAAUUCCGAAAGAAAUUGGUCCUCGAUCAAGAGAAGAGUAAAGAGUCGCUGGCACAAAUAUACGAAAAGGAAUAUUUGAACGAAUUGGACAAAAUUGAUCCGAACAGAGGCGAAAAAGAGGAAGAGGAGCCCAAAGAGCACACCGAAAUUCGUCGGCUGACUAAAACUCUGUUUUUGAAAUUGGACGCGUUGUCCAACUUUUAUUACACACCGAAGCCUGCAAUACCCGAAGCGAAAAUCAUCACCAACACUCCUGCUAUCAAUAUGGAAGAAGUGGCACCGAUUGGUGUCAGUGAUGCAACAUUAUUGGCACCGGAAGAGGUGAAACACCGGGCCAAGGGCGACGUACUGGGCAAAUCGGAACGAACAUCGACAGAUAAGAAACGGGAACGUAGAAUGAAGAAAUUGAAACAGAAAUCGGUUAAAAUCGCACAGGAGAAACGUACGGCGGAAAAGGAGAAAUUGGGCAUCCGAUUGUCGAGCAAGGAGGAACAGAAGAAAUUGCUGAACAAGGUGACGAAGGCGAGAAAUGUGGAGAAAGUGAAGGAAACCAGCGACGGCAAAUCAUCGAAAUCGUCGAAGGCUUUCUUCUCUCAGCUGCAGGAUGAGGUGUCGCUUAAAACUAAAACGAAAUCGAAGCGAAAAUCGUCGAAGAAUGAAGAAGCGGUGAGCGCUAAAAAGUUGAAAUUGUAAAUGCGAGGUAAAUAAAUAAAUUUCUCUUUUUUUUAUUGAAAACUAGAAA